GCUUGAUCCUCUUGUUCUCGUCCAUCGGUUUGGCUGUGAAUGUUUGAUUGAUUCCACCUGUUUUUCUGGCUCUCUUUUUGGUGUUUUGAUCCAUUGUUUCCCGAACCUUCUGGUUUCGCAUUAUUGAUUUUAUCGUCCCUCGACGUAUUCAUGUAGGUCGGCCCGCACCUUCGUUGGUUUUUCAUCAUAUGCGUAUUUGACGGAUCGAAUCGCUGGACGUAACAGACCGGUUUGAUUUCUAAUUUAAUCCGCUUCGUUUUCCGUUCGCCCUGGUCUGGAUUUUUGAAGAUGCGCCUUUAUAAUGAUCGAGCGUUUUUAGGCAAUUUAUUGGUUUGAUUUCUUUACUGGAUGAUGUAGCUCGAAUCAGGGAUUGGAUUUCAUCUGAGGAAGUGCGAAGUCUUGGAUUUGUGUGUACAUGCCCUCACAUGUGGUCGUUUUUUGUUUAAAUUUUGAUGCUUAUUUUGAUCUGUUGCUAUAUCUAUCUACUCUUGCGGUUAUGACUCAGUUCGGAUCACGCGCUCGUUAUUAGCUGAAAUUACAGGAUCAGUCCUGAUCGAAGGAGAUCAUUAGGUUCGAUAUAUGGUAACAAAUUAAGCUACAUGCCUAAAUUAUUCUAGUUUUUGCAAUUUUGGGCUUGAUUGGUACAUGUUAGUGGUUGAGUUUCCCUGGCGUUUUCGUUUUUCUUCUGACCUUGAUUGUUUGAUCAUUUGAUCUAAGCUUAGAUCAGUUGGUUAAGCACGUCAACGAGAUUCAUCUGUUGAUUUGGCGUUCGUUGCAAUGAGAGAUGCAGAUAUGUCCAUUUUUUGUCUUUCUUACAAAAUAAUAAGAACACAUUUGCAGUAAUAUAUUGCAUAUUUCAUAAUCAUGUCUUUGCGAAUCAGUCAUGGACCGAGGGCCCAAAACUUCAAGUCUUUAAAUUUUGGGGAAGUUAUGUUUAAUUUUAUAAUAUUAAUUAACCACAUGAAAAUUCACAGUUUCUUUGAGUCAGUAUACCAUAUUAUCACGACAUUUAACAAACAUUCGUUUUAACUUUUAAGUCAAACAUCCUCAUUUUUAUGUUUUUGAAUUUUUAAAAUUGUUUUUUGGUACCCCAUAUGAUCUUUAGCCCAACCUUACAAAUUUUCUGCUCGUAAUAUGCACAUUGUCCAUUUAUAUAUGGUACGCAUAUUAUCCCAAUUGUUUUUAACAUUUUAAUACCUUAUUUGUAUUUGUAUUACAGUGCCCUUAUUUUGGUUCCAGUUUAUGUAUCACUUGGCACUUAGUAUACGCUAUAGUUGAUGGUUGCCUCUCUGACAGUUUGGUUUUUAUGCUCGUGAUACGGUUUGGAUCCUUCACUCAAUCUCAGAUUUUAAAUUUAUGAGUACAUGGUAGAACAAUUUGAGGGGAUCCUGUAUCUUGUUUGGGUGUUGAAGAUGCAUCAUGGGUUUCACUAUCUCGACUUGUGAUGUAGAUGAUAAUAUUUGGGAUUUGAUGUUUGGUCUCAGUUGGUUGAAUGAGAUGAGAGGGUUCAUCAAUAACAAAUUUUGGUCUCAGCGACAAUCAUUACUCGAUUACUACUUUACAGUUUGUCCUUCUGACAUUUAUCAUAUAUGUGUAUAUAUAUAUAUAUAUAUAUAUAUUUAUAUUUAUAUAUAUUUAAUUUAAUGGCAUCAAUAAUAUGUAGGUGAUUUUAAUUGAAAUUAUGUACUUUUUGUAGUUUUAUUGGCAUCAAGAAGUCUUGCCAUAUAUAGCAGAACUCUUCUUUGCCAAGACUCAAGCUAAUUCCGAGAACCUCCCUAAGUGAUUACUACUACGGUUUAUUCUAAAUUUACUACAUUUAUUAGCUGUGGUCAACCCUACUCUUAGGUUGCUUGUAUUUUGGAUUUUUACCCAUGGUAGAGACAUCAACUGGUUUUAUUAGUAUUGUGCUUGGCUCUUUAGUACUUGAUAUCUGUAAAGUUAUGUUGUCUUGAUUAAGAUGCAAACAAGUCUUCAAGCUUUCAAGGUUUUGGAUUCAUCAGGUUGAAUGAUACUGGUGUUUUUGUCGCAUCUUAAGUUUGCUGCUUCCAACUUGUAUCUUCAUUGGCCUGAAAAUGUAUUAGGGUUUCAAUAUUUGUUCUGAAGACCUCUGCUUUGAUUAAUGAUUCCCUCUAUGCAUCACAUAUCUUCUUGAAGUUUUUAUUUUAGAUGGAGUAUUUGUUUGCCCUGGCUUGAAAAUGUAUCAGGGACUUGAUCAUAUGCCUGACAAGAAACUACUGGAUUUUUCUUGAAAAUCAUCUCCCGGUUUGAUUGACAUAUUCCCCAUGUUUUUGCUCUACUUGUGAUACUUGGAUCUACCUAGUUUGAUUGCUCAAGUUCUUUCCGUGAUACAUGGACCUGAUCUCACGUCAACUUAAAAAUUAUUGGAUUGUUUGGUUGGAUGCCAUCAUUUUGUUCACUAAUGAGGUCCCGUAUCCUUGGUUACCUUCCCUUUGUGGUGUGGCUUGAAUUUGUACACAGUUAUGAAGCUCAGCUAUGUCAUGUUUACUGUUUGGGAAUUGCUUCUAUCUACCUUAAUUAGUUGCUGAAGAUGAAUCGUGGUCAUCUCUCUUGACAAAUUGAUGUAGAUCAGGGAGCAUUUGAUUUUCAGCUUUAAGUUUGUCGAACGAGACGAUGGGAUCAUACAUCAACUAUAACUUAUGGUCUUACUAGGUGAUAAUGAUUACUUGAUUAUGAUUUGGCAGUUCAUCCUAUGGUAGUCUUAUCUCUAUGAGACUAAUUAUUUUUUGUGGUCUUCUUUGUGUCGGUGUUUUUAAUGACAGAUUAUGCAUGCCAUGUAAUAUUCUAACCACUAAUCAAGACCCCAAGAGGGUGUUAGAAUCAUCACAUCCGGGUUUCUAUAUGGCCUUUUACUUCUUUGCCUAUUAGGAGAUUUGAACUUGACUGGUUAGUUUUUGUGUUUGGUACUUAGAUCUUGAAUGGUAUCUCCUCUUUUGAUUAGAUGCCAAAAAGUUCCAUUUUGUUGUGUAAGGUUGCCCAUAUAACAGACAUCUCUUUGUGUUUAGCUUUCUUCCUUAGUUAUCCUCCCACUGCAUUUCUGUAUGCCAUAGAAGUAAAUCUGUGCAAUCCACAAUAAUGAAACCGACUCUGUUUUAAUAUAGGUGUGCCUUUCUUCACUUUUAUUGGCAUCGGAAUUCAAGACCUGCUUUAACUUCAAACUCGUGAGGAAGCUUUCAAAGGCGUUUGUAGUUGUGUAACAUUGUUAUUCCACUAGUGAUAUUUGGCAAGAUCAAUAUACAGUGAUCAGUUAUGAUUGCUCAAGUCAACGUACAUAGUUUGAAGUUAGGCCUUGCUGUCUCCUCUCCCAUGUCUCAGCUUCAGGGUUACAAAACUAUUCACUUCAUGCUAUUAUGAGUUAUGACUUCUCAGUUUUGGAAGAUUACUAGUUCAAGAUAUCUUUUUCCAAGUUGUGUUUGCUUUUUAUCUCAUGGAUUGAUAUCAGGUUGAGAGCAUUGACAAAUUGCUCGUGGACUGGCAAUUUUGUGAGUUUUGGUCGUUAUUUCCAACUUGUGUACAUCUGGGCUGGAAGACAUAUUAUGGAGUUCAUUUCAGGUCUAAAUAAAAACUAUGUUUCUUUUUAAACAUCUUAACCUGAUUUUAUUGAUGGAUUCCAUAUGUUUCUGUUAUGUUCUUGAAAUUUUGGAGCCUUGACCUCAUAUAAUCUUAGUUUCCACUUUCGAACUAGUGUUUCUGUGUUGUUGGCUUGAAGUUGUAUGAUUUAUUUGAAUUCAAUUGCAAAGAGUUAAUUUUGUGUGGUUCCUCAGGAUGGUCCAGUCUUAGCUUAGCUGGUCAAAUGAGAUGAGGGGCUCCUACAAGAACGAGUUUUUUGAUCUGAUAGGGUGAACAAGAUAGUUAGUACAUCACUAUAUCCUGUGUCACUUUAUCUCCAAGCAAAUUAUCAAUAAUAUUUAAGAUGAUUUUUGACUGGGAUACGUUUUUUGUAGUCCUUGGGGCUUCAUUCUUUUUAUGGGCAGAUUUGCAUGUCAUGGAACAUUCUAAUUACUAGGCCAAGUUAAAUCUGACAACCACCACAGACGGGUUCAACUAGUUUCACUUCUUAUUGCCUCUCAGUACAUUAUUUAUAUAUAUACUUAUACAAUUUUUUAUCCACGUGUCAUACUAAUUGAGACUAAUUUGUGCUAUGCUCAAUUCUCUUUUUCUUGUAGGUUGCGAAGUUUGGUUAUUUUUCAUUAUUAGAGGCAUGAACAGGAUUGGUUAAUUCUCUUUGUAUUUUUAGUUCUUGAACCUGGGAAUUUAUGUUGUCUUGAUUCGAUGCAAAGAAGUUCCAUCUUGCUGUCUGAGCUCUUUUGGCGCUGUUCUUUUUGCUUAGAUUCCAUCCCUGAGUUAACAUCCUUCAACACGUUUCUUAUACCAUUAGGAUAGGUAAGUCUGCAAUCUGCAUUCAAGAAACUGGCUUUGUGCUAUUCAUCUCAACAAAGGUGUGCCAGUUUUCACUUCCAUUCAGACAAAUCCGAACUUAAGAAUUUUUGACAGCGCAUUUACCAUUACUUGUACUCAUUAUAUAGUGAUCAGUUAUUAUUGCUCAACCUUAGGUACAUAGUUUCAAGUUUGGCUUUGCCAUCUCUCCUUCAUGCUUUAAUCUCAGACUUUCUCUUGCCUGAUUUUGAUCUCAUCUAGUUGAAGUGAUGUUUGGUUUACCCUAUUCCUGUCUCACGGUAAGUGUAGCCAGUCCGUGUCUGCCUUGAAUUGAAAAUGUAUCAGGGGUUCGAUAUCAGCAUGGAAGGGUUUGAUCUCAGUCUGUGAAGACCAUUGGUUCCACUCUUUGUGUUUGCUGUCUCAUUUAGAUUUUGGUUUUAGAUUGAGUAUUCAAUAUAUCUCUUCCCAACUUGUGUUUGCCUUGGCUUGAAAAAUGUAUCAGGGUUUGAUCUCUGCAUGAGAAGACUACUGGAUUCGUCUCGAAUUCGUCGCGAAUGUCAUCACCCUGUUUGAUUAGCAAAUUGCCCUUGAUCAUAGGUCUGACAAUAAAUUACAGGAUUUGUCUUGAACAUCAUCUCAUGGUUUGAUUUGCAUAUUCCCUAUGUUUUUGCUCUUCUCGUGAUACUUGGACUUACCUAGUUUGAUUGCUCGAAGUCUUCAUUUAAAAGGUAUCUUAGAGUUUAUCUCAAAUGUAAUGAAAAAUAUUAAAUUUUUCUUGUAUCAUGCCAUCAAGUUGUUCAUUGAUGAGCUCAUGUAUACGAGGUUACUUUCCGUUGGUGUGUUUGGCUUGCAGUUGUACGCAUAUUUGAUCUGAAUUGCGAAGAAGAAAUUUUGCUGGUUAAAUUAAAAAUUCAGCGAUGUCCUGUUUACUGUUGAGCAAUUGCUUCCAUUUGUUUUGUUUAGUUGCUGAAGAAGAAUCAUGGACAUCUCUUGACAUUUGAUGUAGAUUAGGCAGAAUUGGAUUUCCAGCUUCAGUUUGUCGAACUAGACGAUGGGAUUAUAAAUCUACUAUAGCUUUGGUCUUACUAGGUGAUAAUAAAUACUUGUUUAUGAUUUGGGGGAGUUCAUCCUAUGAUAGUCUUAUCUCCAAGUUCAUUAUCAAAGCAUCAAUAAUAUUUUAGAUGCACUGAGAUGAAACUAUUUAUUUUUUGUUGUCUUCUUGGUGUCAAUGCUUUUAAUGACAGAUCAUGCAUGUCAUGGCACAUUCUAACCACUAGUCAAGACCCAAGUGGUUGUUAGAACUGUCACAUGCGGGUCUGGUAUAUUCACUUUUUAUUGGCUCUCAAGUUCAUCUUUUAUAUGUGCUUACGCGUUUUACUUUAUGCUUUCUUGGAGAUGUGUUCCAGGAGGAAUAGCCUCUCAUCAUAUUGCAGCAGGAACACUGUGCAUUUUAGCGGGGGUUAUUCCAUCUUAGUGCCCGUCCACCUCAACGGCUAUACAAGGGAUUAUGUAUGGGAAAUAUAGAAACUGUCCUUUCCAGCAGUGUUACUGCUGUCUUUUUUGCAGCCUUUGUAGCUUUUAUUCUAGUAGACACUGCUCAGUGCUCACUGUGUUUAACUUUCUUCCUAGUUACCCUCCUACCACAUUUCUGAAUGCCAUAGGAGAAUUUAAUCUGUGCAAUCCACAAUUACGAAACCGACACUCUGUAUUAAGAAAGGUGCGCAUUUGUUCACUUUCAUUCACAUUGGAAUUCAAGACUCCUUACAAUCUCCAAACCCUUGAGGAAGCUUUUGAAGGCGUCUGUAGGUGUGUAUCAUGAGUUGUACUUGUUUUUCCACCAAUGAUUUUUGGCAAGAUAAAUAUACAGUGAUCACUUAUGAUUGCUCAAGUCAAUGUACAUAGUUUGAGGUUACACCGUACUGUCCCCUCUCCCAUGUUUCAGCUUCAGGGUUACAAAGUACUCACUUCAUGCUAUUAUGAGUUAUGACUUCUCAGUUUGGGAACAUCACUGGUUUGAUUGAUGAGUCCUUUGUCUUGGCUAUCUGUUUGAUUGAUGAAUCUCUCUUUCACUUGGUUAUCGUCAAGUUAUCGUUUUCCAUGUCUUUCAGCCUGAGAACAUUGACAAUUGCCCGUGGUCUGGCUAUCUUUGUGAGUUUAGGUUGUUAUUUCCAACUUGCAACUUGUGUACAUCUUGGCUGGAAGUCAUAUCAUGGAGUUGACUCCAGGUGCAAAUAAAAAUUAUUGGAUUUAUCUUUUUAAUCAUCUUAACUUUUAUUGAUGGAUUCCAUAUGCUUUCGUGAUGUUCUUGAAAUUUGGGAGCCUUGACCCAUCUAAAAUUUUAGUUUUCACUUUCCAACUAGUGUUUAUGUGUUGUUGGCUUGAAGUUGUAUGAUUUAUUUGAACUCAAUUGAAAAAAGUUCAUCUUGUGUGGUUCCUCAGGGUGGUCCAGUUUUAGUUGGUCAAAUAAGAUGAGCGGCUCCUACAUCAACAAGUUUUUUGAUCUGAUAGGGUGGACAAGAUAGUACAUCACUAUAUCCUGUGUCAGUUUAUCUCGAAGUACAUUAUCAAUAGUAUUUAAGACGAUUUUUGAUUGGGAUAUAUGUUUUUUGUAGUCCUUGUGGCUUCGUUCUUUUUUAUGUGCAGAUUAGCAUGUUAUGGAACAUUCUAAUCACUAGGCCUAACUAAAUCUGAGAACAACCACAUGCUGGUUGUACUAUAUUCACUAUAUUCACUUCUUAUUGCCUCAUGCGGGUUCUACUAUAUUCACUACUUAUUGCCUCUUAGCCCAUCAUUUAUAUAUACCUUCCUGUCUUACGAUAAGUGUUGCCAGUCUGUGUCUGCCUUGAAUUGAAAAUGUAUCAGGGGUUUGAUAUCAGCUUGGAAGGGGGUUGAUCUCAGUUUGGGAUUAUCACUGGUUCCACUCUCUUUGUGUUUGCUAUCUCGGUAUCUCCUUUAGAUUUUGGUUUUAGAUCGAGUGUUCAAGAUAUCUCUUCACAACUUGUGUUUGCCUUGGCUUGAAAAUGUAUUAGGGGUUGAUCUCAGCAUGAGAAGACUACUGGAUUCGUCUCGAAUGUCAUCACUCUGUUUGAUUGGCAAAUUGCCCUUGAUCAUGGGUCAAUAAAUUACUGGAUUUGUCCUGAACAUCAUCUCCUGGUUUGAUUCACAUAUUCCCUAUGUUUUUGUAAUCUAGGUAAAUAACUCAUUACCUAGAUUACAACUUUAUCCUCUUCUUUCUAAUUUAUUAUAUAUAUAUAUAUAAUUAUACACAUAAUUAUAAUUAUACAUAUAAUCAUAUGAAUAUAAUUAUAUAUAUAAUUAUAUACUCCCUCCGUCUCGAAUUGAGUUGCAAACUUUGACCGGCACAAGGAUUAAGGAAUGACAACAAAUGGUGUUUGCUUUUUACACUUUUGCCCUUCAUCCUAAAAGUAGAUGCCUUUAGAUUGAUAGGAAAAAGUAAAAGUAAGGGUAAAUUUGUCACUUACUUUUAUUUACAUAUCUAAAAUGGAAAGUGGAAAGUUAUUUUGGGACAACCAAAAUUUGCAAAACAAAUUGGGACGGAGGGAGUAUAAUAUUUUAUUUAAUUAUAUUUAAUAUCACUGAUACUUGGAUUUACCUAGUUAUCAUCAAUUUGCAAAACUAGGUGAUGAUGCUUUAUCCUUGAUUACGAUUUGGCAGUUCAUCCUAUGACAAUCUUAUCUCCAAGUUCAUUGCCACAGCAUCAAUAUUAGUUUUGAUGAACUGAGAUGGAACUAUUUAUUUUUUGUAGUCAUUCUUGGUGUCAAUGCUUUUAUGCAUGUAUUGGCGUUACAGAUUACAGAUUAUGCAUGUAAUGGCACAUUUUUCUAACUAGUUAAGACCUCAACCGGGUGCUAGAAGUAUAGAACCAUCUCACGUGGAUCUGUUGUAUUCACUUUUUAUUGGCUCUCAAGUUCAUCUUUUAAGUAUUUGAUUCAUGUUUUUGUGCUCGGCUUUUUAGUACUUAGACCUUGAAUGUUAUCUCCUCUUUUGUAUAGAUGCCAAAAAGUUCCAUCUUGUUGUAUAAGGUUGCUCGUAUUCCGCACUGCUUUCUGUGUUUAGCUCUCUUCCUUAGUUACCCUCCUAUCACAUUUCUGUAUGCCAUUUGGAGAAGUAAAUUUGCGCAAUACACAAUCAUGAAACCGACACUGUAUUAAGUAAGACCUGCACUUAUUUACUUGCUCACCGGAAAUCGAUGUACUUGUUAUUCCAUUGUGAUCAGUUAUGAAGUUAUGAUUGCUCAAGCAGCGUACACAGUUUGAAGUGAGGCCUUAAUAUGUCUUCUCUCCCACGUCUCUUCUUCAGAGUUUCAAAAUUAUUCACUUCAUGCGAUUAUGUGUUAUGACUUUUCAGUUUGGGAGGAUCUCUAGUUUGACUUAUGAAACCUCUUUUGUCUAGAUGAAUCUCUAUCUGUCUUGGUUAUAUCUUCAACAUAUCUUUUCCCAAGUUGUGUUUGCUUUGGCUUGAGAAUGUAUCACUGAUUGAUCUUAGCUUGAGAAGAGUGACAAAUUGCUCGUGGUCUGGUUAUCUUUGUGAGUUAGGUCAUUAUUUCCAAGUUCUGUACAUCUGGGUUGGAAGAUGUAAUAUGGAGUUGGUCUCAGGUGCAAAUAAAAAUGAUCGGAUUCAUCUUUUUGAACAUUUUAACCUGGUUUGUCAAUGGAUUUCAUAUGCUUUGGUUAUCUUCUUGAAAUUUGGGAGCCUUGACCUUUGGUCGAAGUUGUAUGAUUUUUUUAUCUCGAUUGCGAAGAGUGCAUCUUGUUUGGUUCCUCAGGAUGGACCUUUGGUUUCACUCUCACUUCUGAUGUAAAUUUGGUUGAAGAUAUGGUCUAGUCUUAGUUGAUCAAACAAGAUGAGGGGCUCCUGCAUUAGUAAGUUUCUUUAUCUGAUGGGGUAAACAAGAUAGUACACCACUACAUUGCAUCUCAGUUUAUCUCCAAAUAAACUCUAGUGGCAUCAAUAAUAUGUAAGAUGAUAUUUGAUUGGGGUAUGUUUUUUGUAGUCCAUGUGGCUUCAUUCUUUUUUAUGGGCAGAUCAGCAUGUUACGGGACAUUCUAAAUUCUAAUCACUAGGGCAAGCUAAAUCUGAGAAUCGCCACAUGUGGGUUCUACUACAUUCACUUCUUAAUGCCUCUCAAUCCAUCAUUUAUAUAUACUUCUACAGUUUACUUCUUUGAUCCACGGCUCAUACUAGUUUAGACUAAUUUUCGCUAUGCUCAACUCUCUCUGUCUUGUAGGUUGCAUACUUUUGAUAUUUUUCAUUAUUGGAGACAUGAACUGGAUUUGGUAAUUCUUCGUUUAUAUUUUUAGUAUUUGAACUUGGGAAGUUAUGUUGUCUUGAUUAAGAUGCAAAGAAGUUCUGUCUUGCUGUAUAAGCUCUCCUUUGGCGCUGCUCUUUGUGCUUAGCUCCCUUCCCUGAGUUAACCUCUUUUAACACGUUUCUUAUGCCAUUGGGAUAAUAAGUCUGGAAUCCACAUUAACGAAACUGGCUAUGUGCUACUUAUUCUUUAGAAAGGUGCAUCAAUAUUCACUUUCUAUCAGAUGAAUCCAAACUGAAGAAGUUUUUACAGCGCAUUCACCAUUACUAUUACUAUUACUUGUCAUUCCACUUGGUGAUUUUUGCAAAAUCAAUAUAUGGUGCAAGUUAUUAUUGCUCAAACUAAGGUACAGUUUCACACUUUCACGUUUAGCUUUGCUGUCUCCUCUUCUUCAUGCUAUAAUCUGAGAUGCCUUGUUUGCAUGAUUUUGGUCUUAUCUAGUUGAAGUGACGUUUGGUUUACCCUAUUGCCGUCUUACGGUAAGCGUUGCCAGUUUGUGUCCGAGAUUGGGAAGGGUUUGAUGUUAGUUUGGGAAGAUCACUGGUUCAACCUUUUGUGUUCGCUCUCCUUUAGAUUUUGGUUUUAGAUUGAGAAUUCAAGAUAUCUUCUCCAUGUUGAGCCAUCCAGAAUAGACUUUUCAAUGGAAAUCCCUCAUACCAAUUCCUUGGGUAUGGAGCCAUGUCGGUCAAGUAGUGUGUCCUAUGUGGGUCACCAACCCCUUCAGACAUUAGUCAAGCAAACAAUAGCUCUCUAAGAAAGCUGUGUCUCAACAUGACAUCAUGUCUACCAUUACUUGUACGUGUGUUAUUCCAUUUGUGGUUUUUGGCAUGAUUAGUAUAUAGUGAUCAUUUGUGAUUGCUCAAACUAAGGUACAUAGUUUAAAGUUAGGCCUUACUGCCUCCUACUUUCCCAGGCUUCAGCUUCAGGCUCUCAUUGUUGAAUGUGUGAAAAUGGUCAAACUAUACAUCAGUCACUGUUAGGUUAUGUAGUAUUUGGUCGUGAUGAAAUGGGAAGCUGCUAUCUGUGGUUUCACAAAUCUGUUCACUUUCAUGCUAUGACCUGACAUAUCCUGCUUGCAUGAUAUUGGACUCAUCUAGUUGUAAUGAUGCUCUAUUUACCCAUUGUUGUGUUAAGAUGUGUCUUGCCAGCUGGACUUCAUCUGAAUGUGUAUGAGGGGUUUGAUCUCAGUAAGUCAGUAUGCGAAUAUCACUGGUUUGAUUGAUGAAUCCCUGUCUUGCCACCUGGUCUGAUUGACAAAUUGCUCCAUGCUCCGGCUAACUAUGUGAAUAUAGGUUUAUCUGAAUCAAUUGUUUGAGGUCUUGAUCUCAAUUGCAAAUAAAAUAAUAGAUUGUUGCAUGAAAUGGUAUGCUUUGAUUAUCUUCAUACUUUUGGUCUCAAUUUCAUAGAGUUCAUGGAUGAUUUCUCUCGUGACAUGUAAAUGAGGUUGGGGAUGUGAUAUUUGGUCUCGGUUGGUUGACUGUGAUGAUGGGAUCCUACAUCAGCAACAAAUUUUGACCUGUCUGGGUGAACUAGAUAGUACAUCUUAUGGCAGUUUAUAUCCAAGUAAAUUUUUUAUGGUACCAAUAAUUUUAUUGAUGAAUUUAAAUGGAACAUGUUCUUUGUAUUCCAUGCGGCACUGAUUUUUUUAUGACAGUUUGUGCAUGUCAUCGAGGAACAUAAUUGACUGCUUGUCCAAGUCUCCAAUCCAUUCGUUCCAUUGAAGAAUUUGUUACCAAGUGUUGUUUCGGAACGGUGUGGCUCAAUGAGAAACGAGUCCUUUUUCAGUUCAAAAAAUUAUAAUUAUGGUCACAGCUUAGUCCGUCUGCUGUCUGCACAUGCAUAACCCAUGCACAUGCAUAACCCAUGCACAUGCAUAUAUUUAUAUAUACCGCCAAUUCAUCUUGUCUACCUUCUUCACACAUGCGAGCAUACAUUUGACCCACAGUAGCAGGCAUUUCACACCCAAUACCUUUAUUUCAUUAUUCAUAUGUUUGUCAAUGCAGUUUCAAAUUCUGGGUUUCACUAAGCUUGGGGUUGCUCCUUGGUUGUUAGAUCUUAGACUUGGUUUCUCACUAGGAAGUAGUUGAUGCAUCUUGCUGUAGGUCACCAUAGGAAUGCAUUGCUGUUGGUUCAAUGGGAAGGAUUAAUUUGAUGCAUUUUGGUUCAUAUCAUAGUAAUCUCAUCUUGGAAAUUCAUUCAGAAUCCUGUUCAUGGGAAGGAUAAAUUUGAUGCACGUUGGUUCGUAUCAUAGUCACCACCCUGGUAUCCAUCCAUAAUCCUGUUCGAUUGCUGAAGAUAAUUGGUUCAGUCUUUUGAUUUUUGGUGUCUCACUAAUAAGCAGUGAGAGCUAAAAUGAUCGACUUUUUGUGACUCUUAGGCAUUAUUUGUUGGAGGCUCUUGAUUUCAUUUAUUCAUUAUAUCCUUGAUCUGUCUUCAUUUGAUAAAUUUUGAAUCAAGGAUGUGCUCUGCUGCUGCGAUAUUUGGGAUUUGUGGGUGCUUUGUUGUGCUAUCCUUGAUCUAAGAAACCUUAACCUUUUGAGGAUAUCAGCCCUUGCAAAGGAGAUGCAGAUUCGGCCAUUCUUCAUGUCUGAGCUGUGACUUCUAGUUGGUAUGGUGAAUUUCAGCCUAAUCUGCAAUUUUUUUGGAUACUCCGGAUGAACACAGAAAAUCACUUCACAUUUCACUUAAAGCUUGCACUGUUCUUUAAUAUCUUACAUUCAUAUUGUUUCUAUGUUAUACUCUUUUUCUUCCCCUAUUGGUGCAUCUGUGACAGUCUACGUGACCGUAACGAGGAAAUGUUUGCGUAUGUUUUCGUUAUUAUAAUUUUUAUUAUUAAUAUUGUUAUUGGCUUCUGAAAAGUCUAGUUGGGAGACAGACUUUAUUUAGAGCUUAUUGUCUUACUGCAUAAGAAUUGACUUGUAGUUGGUAUGGUGAAUUCAGCCUAAUCUGCAUUUUUUUUGGAUACUACUGAUGAACACAGAAAAUCACUUCAUUUCACCUGCAUUGCUUGCACUGUUCUUUAAUGCCUUACAUUCAUGACCCUAACAAGGAAAUGUUUGCGUAAGUUUAAUUGUAUCUGAAAAACAUGAACACCUGAGGUUUGCUGUUUCCAUUAUUAUAAUUAUUAUUAUUAAUAUUGUUAUUGGCUUCUGAAAAGUCUAGUUGAGAGACACUUUAUUUAAAGCUUAUUAUUGUCUUACUGCAUUAGAAUUGCACUAAACACAAAGAACUGUCAACAGGAAUUUCAGUUCAGUGCAUCUUGACCUCGCCUCCUGCUUACAUAACUCAUGUACAUGCAUAUAUUUAUGUAUACCACCAAUUCAUCUUGUCUACCUCUUAACACACACAAGCAUACAUAUGACCCACAGUAACAGAUAUGUCACACCCAAUACCAUUAUAUUUUUAUUCAUAUGUUUGUCAAUGCAGUUCCAAAUUCUGGGUUUCACCAAGCUUGGGGUUGCUCUGUCAUGACCACAGACUUGAUUGGUUCGAUGCAAGGCAUGAAGCUUUGUGUGGUUAUUUCCUAUUUGAUUUCUGGACGGGACUUGGUCAGUUAUUCGACGAUAACCAUCCUCUUAUAUUUUGGGUUGUUAUUACAGGUCAUACUGAAGAUGUGUUUUUGGUUUUGUCUGGCUGGUGGGUGGUUUGUUGCUUGUAGAAGUAGUUUGUUUCCAGAUGUUUGAUCUUUGUGUCUAGCAGAUAAAAUGGACCUUAACAGUAAGGUUUGCGUCUGUUGUGGACAAACUUUCCAGUUAACAGAUACAUUGGUUGAAUAAUUCUUUCGGGUGCUUGCCAUAUUUGUAUUUGUAAGUUAUCCAGUUAGCGUUUUCAUUUGUCUGGUAACUAACUGUACAUAAGACUUUUUUGUUUUUACUUGGUGUAGUUGAGGUCAUACUCAAGGUGUCAAUUGUCAACUGUUUUGAUGCAUCCUGAGUGAGGUGUCUGUAGCAGUUAAUGAGAGUUUCUGUAGGUGACUUGCGCAUGAGGUUGGCAGGCGAACAGUUGUACAUGGUGCUGGAAUUGUUUGUGCGGAACUGACUGACGUCUAGAUGCAGCAUAUAAGCAGCCUAUAUGAGAAGUCGAGAGACCACCCCUUGGUGUUCUUCUUGAGAGGAGGGCACCUGAUAUGUUGAGAAGGGCGGCGUAAUAGUGUAAAAUGGGACGGUUAAUCGGUUAUGUAACAUGUGAGUUGCUUUAUGUGAUGAGAUGUAAAAACAUGAUGCGUGCAUGUGAGUUGCUUUAUGUGAUGAGAUGUAAAAACGUGUCAUGGGGUUGUAAAAAUUCAGGGACGCUUUGGUUUUUAAAUCUCGAAAAAUGAGUCAUUUAAUUUAUUCACGUACUCGUAUAAUAUAUACUCGUAUAAUAUAAUUAUGUAAACCAUUUUACCCCUUCAUGUACAACAUAAUUUUGACACUAUCUUUGUACGAGAAACAUUUGGUUCACAACAAUAUACGUCAAAAGAAUAUACUCCGUAGCUAAGUAGCUUGUAAAAACUAAGGGAUAUUUUCAAAUUCAUAAGAAAAGCAUGAGUAUAUUUUCAAAAUUCAUCACAAAAUCAUGAGUUUUUGAAAGAGGUUUACCGACCCGUUGUGUACGAUUGAAUGAAAUUUAG